CAGCCUAAGGACUGUUCGGCGCAACGACUACCUGAUAAUUGAAGCUCUGUCCAUUUAGAUCCUGGUCUCCCCGCUACGAGGUUGUCAUCUCACGCGCUCUAAACUCCACCCCGGGAAUUCGUUCUCCCAAUGCAGGCUACACAUAAUGCAGUUGCCUCCCACAUUGCUCUUGCGCCGUCUUUAAUUCUGCUUGCAUCUUGAGAUCUUGUCUUUUCUGAAAUAGAUGCCUUCCGCGGAUCACUUCCGGGGAGCGCCUGUCUCGCUUCGAUACAUGUAGUACUUCACGGAACAAUUACAUGCGAGCAAGGAAUCCGAGCCCUCGCUACUUUCCCCUUGAGAGAAUUCAUCUCAUGCUCACCUAGAGCUGGAAACAGAUCACAGGAAUUGCAUACCAUCAGGGGUCCAGAGAGACAUCUUGGCGAACGAAAAACCAGACAAUCGUCAAGAUGAACAGGCAACUCCAUCUGGAUACUUCCAAUCUGGACAAUUUGAACGGUGGGAGUCAGAGAUACUCCUUUCUUGCAACACCAUCGGAGAUGCAUGCACCCGGAGGAGUAAUUAGGCAGACAGCCUUGCCAACGAGCGCACCGAGCAACCUCCCAGCAGAGCCGAGGAGCGUGCCAGAACAGACACAACUACCCUUAAACGAGAAAACGCAGCACUUGAGUGACGAUGUGGGCCUCUAUGCUUAUCCAGGCGGGCCUAAUAUUCAGCAUCAUCCUGCGAAUUAUGCUCCAUUUGCCGAUGAAAUACCUCAGCCAGCCGAGGCUGAAGCAGUGGUCCCUGACUACUCGUAUGCACAUCCUCCGCAAAGUCCAGGACCGCUCCCGGUCAAAGUCAACCCGGAAGCCUCAGGACAGGUACUGGAAAGUCAUUCCACAGCAGUUUCGCCUGAUACCAACCCAUUGAGUUCCACUUCACUGCCUCAAUUUCCUCCUCCAGUUGCAUCGAACCCAUCCGCUACACCAGCAGCGCAUGAAAUCAUGGCUUACCAUCGGCCGGGACAAAUCUUACACCCUAACCAAGCCAUUAAAGGGGGCUCGUGGAAGACCAGUUUAUGUGGCUGUACAAACAUUGGCUCAUGCUUCCUGGGCCUGUUUUGCCCUUGUAUUUCCUAUGGGAAGACCCAGCAUCGACUGCAGACAAUGUCCCGGGGAGACGACCCUACGAACAUGCUCGGAUAUAAUGUCUGCAAUGGAUCAUGUACAGCAAUGGCCCUAUUUUGCGGCUGCCAAUGGCUACUAGCUACAAUCCAGCACCGGCGAGUGCGCAAAGCUUACAAGAUCGAAGGCGAUUUCAUAUCCGACUGCAUUCGAGCAACCUGCUGUACGUGCUGUACUUUGAUCCAAGACGAAGUUGAGAUAAUCAAACGAGAGGAGGAGCGCGAAAGGCUCGCCAGAGUUUCUGGAGCAGCUCUCGUAUCACCAUACUUAGCUCCAGUGCAAAUGUCGUACGGGCCACCGCCCAGGUGAUGGUCUAGUCAUACAUAUAGCGUAAUACUCUCACGAGAGACAAUGUACAUAUUCGAAUCUGCCUCGUUCUGCAGUUCUAUUAUUUUCCCUGGCGAUGCAAGGAAGAGAAGACAAGACAUUAGAUAAGUAUUCGACUAACUAGUGUCAACUUGAUCUGA